UUCGCCUGCGGGUGCGCGCCGGCCACGACCAGGCGCGACUGGCUCCGAGACGUCCGGCGGCGCCGACGUCGUGAAGUUAGCAGCGAGUGAGUCAGUCAGCCGCUGGACUGCGACGUGGUAGGACGCAGAGUUGCGCUCCGUCUUCAUUCGCGCGCGCGAAUCUCUUCUUUCUCUUCUUUCUCGCUUUCCCUUCGCGAUCGAUUAAUCGAUCUCGUUAUGCGCGACACAAUAAUCGGACGAGCGAGAGCGAUUUAUCAUCGAUCGUGACGAUGGUGAUAAUUCCGAAGUUCUAAUUCGGGAAGAAACACAUGUGCGCCCGAUCCUCGGAGGACGAUCCAAUUUUUCAUUCCUCUUUCGUUUCGAACGCGAUCACGUGGGGCCGAGAAGGGAGAUUUAUCGCGAGAUUCCAGCUGAUUUGAUUAAGAUUCGGAAUGUUGCCGCGCGACGUGUGGACCCUCAUGACGUUGAUGACAAGUCUCGCCGGUGCCGCCGUCACCAGGUUCCCAUCUGCGGAUUCAGAUCCGGAAGAUUACGAGGCUUCAUCCAAUAAACAUUCUUCCAAAGGGAAAGGAUUGACAUGCUUCUGCAAUCAACCAAAAUGCGUUCCCGACUCAUACUUAUGUGGAGGUGGCAGAGGAUGCUUCACGGAGUUGCCGUCAAAAGUAAAGAAACCGCUCUCAAAAGCGGAACGCAGCGGUUGCCUGGACGGAAGUUUGAAAAAUCGCCAGUGUCCCGAGGGAUUCCUCUGCUGCUUUAAUGAUCUCUGCAAUCACGCGGACGGUGAUGCGUGGAAGAUCACAGUCAAAGAGAAACAACAAGAGCAAGAAAAGACGUUGAUCAGCGAUCAACGAGUGUACUUGGAUCCGAUACUUUCGAAUAGUCCGGAUGUAGGAAAUCAAACGACGGUGCAUUGGUUCACGAAUGCGACGAUCAUCGUGGCUGUUUUCGGACUCGUUCUCUUGCUGAUGAUCGCCAGUCUAGCUGUCAGGUGGCUCCAGCCGAUGCCGCCGCAAAAUACCAAUAAAUUCGUGCCGCAUAGAACAUCCGACAACGGGCCGCCCUUACUUGGAUCACCGAAAGUGCCUCUGGUUUAAGAAAUUCCGCGCGCGAUCCAACGACAAAUGUUUCGUCGACGAUGGUGUUCGAAGUAAUAGUAUACAAUUUAAGUAGAGCUGAGCUUUAGUAUAUGACUCACGGAAACAAUCGGGAGUUGUGCCAUAUAUUGUGUGUAUUAGAGUCUUGAUCACAGUAGACGUACUAUGGAUGAAAUUAUUUUAUACAAUAUAAGUAUAGUGAUCUUAUUCCAAUAUUUAACUUUCUUUCAACUCCGUCGAUUUUUUACGGUGUGUGUAUGUGUGUUUAAUUUACAUGUACAGCAUGCAGGUUUUUACAAGAGAUUUUACAGAGAUACGCCGGGGUCAUAUACUAAAAAGAGUCCAGCCAAUAAGGCUACCUAGAAAGCUAGCGGGCCGUCGGAGGCUCCACUUGGCUGUGAAUUUUACGAAGAAAGCAACUAACUGUAAAUUAUAAUAUCGUAACAAUUAGGACGUAUUUUACUUAUUGCAUUUCCUCGAAACGUCGCCGCGGCGACGUGAGAUCGAAGAGUGAGAACCGAGAGAGGAGUCGAGACUUUUUUUUCUAAGAGACCCUCUAAACAUGACGUUUACGACAACACAGUGCGUACAGUUCCUGUGUCGUUGUAGGAUUGUAAAUAUAGAUAUAUAUGUACCUAUACAUGUAUUUUUUAUCAUAUUGAAUUCGACGAUGUUGCUCGUGAUUGUACCCAUUAGUCGAUUAAAUGAAAAUCGGUUAUAACCGAAAGAAACCUUUAAUAUUCGACUAACAAUAAGUAAUAAAUUAUUUUUUCGAUUAUUCGUUAGUUUUA